CUAGUGGAGGUACCUACCUACUAUCAAGUCUCAUCAGCCACACUUCGCUCGUGAACCACGCGAGCCACACCACACCUUUCAUCGGAACCUUCCCCUCGCCUCCCCACCAAAUACCAUCUUAACCUUAUCAUUAUCAGGCUAAUGAUGCAAAUUUGGCCGAGACUAGGUAGAAACAGCGAGCAUCUCUUCGAAUCGAACAAGAAUAGAAUUCUACUCGUAAGAUAAGGGAAACUCUAUAUUUUAAUUCACUUGAGAAGAUUCAAGCUUCAAGGCACUUAUAUUACUAUUGAUAGAAGAUAUAACCUUAUAUGGGAUUCAAAUUACGCAGAGAUCGGGUGUCUAGGUAAAGUUACAAAUUAUCUUCGAAUACCUACCGACACCAAUUCCGGUAAUUACCUACAUAUAAGUCAGCACAAGUUAAAUUUCUGGCGUCACUCCACUACAAGCACAACAACAAACAAACAAACAUACAUACAUACAUACCCCUCCAUACACUAGCAAAUCUUAUUUCAAAACAACACAGCAGACUUCGCGGUGUAAGCUAAUAAAACGAUAUCCAAACGAUCACCAUGUCGAACGAAGAAGAUAAAACGGCGACCAGUCUAUCGCAUAUUUCCAUCAACGGGGAAGACGUCGCAGGACAUGAUGCGCAAGAAUCUACCCCUCCUCGUAGUAGCAGUGGCUGGGAUGGAAAGUUACGUGUAGAGAAAGAAAAGGGCAAGAAGUUAGAGCUUGCUAACCCGGAAGCUAUAUCUGAUCCUGAAUAUUCAGACGAGGAAAAUGUUAUGCCGGGGGAAGUUAUUAAUGCAGAUGAAGAUCUCCUUGACGAUUAUCCCCUCGAUACCGAAGAAAUCGACCUAGUACACGCACGCAUUUCCUCCAUCCCUUCCCUCCGUCUUUCACGCUUCACCCAAGUCCAACGUCUUUGUCUUCGUCAAAACACGAUCAGUACAAUCGAAGAUCUCUCUUGCCUCGCAGCCACCCUCACCGACCUCGAUCUAUAUGACAACCUAAUCGCGCAUAUCCGGGGACUCGAAGAUCUCAUCAAUCUCACCUCCCUCGACCUCUCCUUCAACAAAUUAAAACACAUCAAGAAACUAAACCACCUCACUUCUCUCACCGACCUUUAUUUCGUACAGAACAAAAUAACCACUAUCGAGAACCUCGAAGGUCUCUCCAAGCUACGCAACUUAGAACUAGCCGCAAAUCGAAUUCGGGAAAUUCAAGGUUUAGACACUUUAACAGGAUUGGAGGAACUAUGGCUGGGCAAGAACAAAAUCACCGAGAUGAAGAAUCUAGACGCAUUGCAAAACUUGAAGAUUCUGAGUAUCCAAAGUAAUCGCAUUCGAGAUAUCACGGGCUUGGACAAACUUUCGGGUCUGGAAGAAUUAUAUAUCUCGCACAAUGCUCUUAGUUCACUUUCGGGUCUGGAAUCUUGUUCUCAGUUGCGCGUGCUGGAUAUUUCAAAUAACGAAGUAUCCUCUCUGAAGGGGCUGGAGGGACUGAAGCAAUUAGAAGAGGUAUGGGCUAGUUACAAUAAAAUCGCGGAUUUCAACGAUGUGGAGGAACACUUGAAGGACAAGGAAAAGUUGAAUACAGUUUAUUUUGAGGGAAAUCCUUUGCAGUUGAAAGGGCCAGCGUUGUAUCGAAAUAAGGUGCGCUUGACGUUACCACAGGUUAUGCAGAUUGAUGCUACUUUUGUUUAGGGUUUCAUAGAAUACGCUUUGUGCAGGCAGGAUGUUGGCGUGUAUAAAUGGAAGGUGGUCAGAGGGGUAUUUGUGCACAUACAUGGCAUAGAUAUAUGUUAUAGCAUGGCGAAGGAGUUAUUGGUGGGAAUCAAUGGGUUUCAUGGAUAUCACAGCGUGCGUAUACGUAGGAGCACAUUGCAGAGUGGAUAUAGAAUUUCACGGGUGGAACGAU